UCAAUGUAGCUCGAUAUCUAGUUGUGUAACGUGUUGUAUUAAUUUUUUUCUUGAAAUUGAUAAACUUAAAGUUUGUUGUGUUGUGAUCGUCAAUGUGAUACGUAUAUAUGAUUCAAAGCGUUUAACAAUUAAAUAAUAUAUUUUACAAGAAUUAUGAAAAUAUGGAAAAAAACUACAUAUAUGGUGGCCAUUUAUUUGUUUUUACUCGAAUUUCGGCCACUAGAACCUUUUAUGACGGCUUAUUUAAUAGGACCAGAUGCAAACUUGUCUCUGAAAGAGGUAGCCACCACGAUUGAGUACCUCAAAACAUAUGCGUCGCUAUUAACAUCAGUGUUAAUGUUUAUGACUGCUGACUACUUUCUGUACAAGCCAAACAUUAUAUUUUUGACCGUUUGUCCAUGUGUCUCUUAUUUCUUAAUGAUUGGUGCACCCAGUGUUACACAGCUGAGGGUGUCUGCAUUUGGUAUUGGGGCAAUAUAUAGCGGUAAUAUGAUAGCAUUAUGUUAUUUGUACGCAAAAAUCGAUGAUGUAGAACAAUAUCAAAUGGCCACUGGUAUUGUCACGGCUGCCAUACAACUUGGUAAAGUUGUUGGAGACUUCUCAGCACAAAUUAUAGUCAGCGCAACCGGAGGGAUUUAUACUAUCUUGCCAUAUUGCAACAUUUUCAGUUUGUUGUUAGCUAUAAUUUGGGCCUGUUUAUUUCCAUCGAUAAAACAGAAAAAUGAUCCGUGUGAAAAUUCAUCACUUCUUAAACACGGUGUAGAUAAUGAAACGAAAAAUAUUGAACAAAACCGAAAUACAAUUAAGAUCGAUAAAGAAUACAAAACAGAGAUAUUUUUCUCGAAAGAAAUAUGGAUGAAUUUCAAAUCUUCAUAUUCCAAUCCGAUUGUACUGAAAAAAAGUUUAUGGUAUAUAGUGGGUAUGGGAGCGUACAUUCUGGUUUUAUCUAAUAUAAAUGUUUUGUAUUCAUACGUGAUCAAAAUACCAGGAAAUCACGAUGUAUUGUCAAAUGGACUAGCUGAAUCAAUGGUUACAUUAAGUGGAGCUGCGGGAGCGUACCUAAUUGGAAAAGUAAAUUGUGAUUGGGCGCGUUAUGGUGAUGUGUUCACGGCGUUUUGUUCUAUUGUCAUGGGGACGCUUAUGAUGUCAUGUUAUUUUUAUCAUAAACUUAAAUUUAUAUAUUUGGCAUACAUAUUAUUUGGUCUGAUAUGUCAAAUGCACUUUGUCGUAAUCUACGCCGAAAUUGCAAAACAGCUAAAAAAACAGUGUUAUUCUCUAAUAAUAGAAUUCAAUUUUUUUGGAUCUUUAAUAGUGGUUACUAUUUUAACAUUAAUUUUGAUUCAAUAUAAUAUCAUGUAUAUUACUAUUCCCGGAAGGUUUUUGUUCAUUGGUGGUUUAUUCUUAAUGCUAGGUAUCAUAUUCUUGUUUGUAUGUAUAUAUGAUAUUAGAAAAAAAUAAAACAUAACAACUAUA